AGGCUGAAAGAGAUCAUUCGUGGCAGAAAAAAAAAAAAAAGGACGAAUUAAAAACAAAACAAAACAAAACAAAAAGCCCUCCACAACAGACUGCACAAUUAGCUAUGCACAUCGAUGCUGGACUUUGUGAAUAGAGACUAUUGGGAGGAAAUCUUGAACUAUGAACCGGGGCUAAGCUGUGAAUCAUUUCUGGAAACGUGCCCCCCUUCCCCCAAGACUGAGAGAUUUGGGGGCAUCUCACGCCUAACCAAGUGGAAAGGUUUUUAAAAAUAAGUAAAUAUUCGUAAGCAAAGCAGACGCCUUGUUGUGCAGUGCCUCGGACUCCAGCCGAAAGAGGCUCUCAACGCAAAUGCUGAUCAGGCUGUGGCUUUCUUGAUUUUGGGGGAGAGCCUGCUCUGAGGCAGAGAGGGAGGAGCUUGGUAGGGGAAAGAAACUACAAAUCGGGACACUAUUUUUUUUUCCGCUGCAUUUCUCCCCUCCCUUUGGCUGCUCGGAAAGGAAAGAGAGAAAGAAAAAAAAAAGAAAGAAAAGAAAAAAGACUUGGCUAGGGCUUGCAGUCCGCUGCCGCCGCUGCCUAAACCAGCAAUGCAAGAUUAGAUCUUUAAAUGCAGCAGUACACUGCCUGAAAGCCGGCCAUCCUGCACAAGGACCAGACAUUUCUCCGUACGCCAGGAAAGCGGAGCCUCAAACAUACAUAUGUAUCCGUGACUCUUUCUUCGUCCCUACUCAUUCCCAUCAAUUUCAUCACCGAAUACGAGUAACUAAGGAUUCCACUUUCUCGUCUGCCUGGAGACACACCUCCCAAAGCCCUCCCCCCACGCGAUUUGAAGAGUAUUCUGUAGGCUGCCGGAGGGAGUGGAUUUUACUGCGCCUAGCGGGAGCAAGGAAAAACCCACCAAUUCUUCAGUUCAUUAUCAUCUCUACGAGACUCCAUUUCCGCCUUAUCGCAAGCCUCGUCACCCAAGUUUGAGGCUACAGCAGUCCAGACCGGAGAGACAAAGCCUUGGGCUUGCCCUCAGCCGCAGGGAGUCACCGCCUUGCUCCGAGCUGCUGCAGCUUCCUAGCGCGGCUGCUUCUCUCCAGCGCGAAUGCUGUAGAUCAACAGGUUCGGGCAACUUGAGCGGAAUAAGGAGAGACUGCCGGGUGCCGCAGCCCGGGUGCGGAGGGAAGGAAGGACUCACAGACUUGUGGCUCGCUCUGAGCUCUUACGCUCCGCCCCGGUUCCAGACUGGCGCGAACCCACCAGCAAGCACCUCCAGUCCGGCUGCUCCCGCUCCCACCCUACCGGUCUGGGAUGUACCUUUCCAUCUGUUGCUGCUUUCUUCUGUGGGCCCCUGCCCUGACACUCAAAAACCUCAACUACUCAGUGCCAGAGGAGCAAGGGGCCGGCACGGUGAUAGGCAACAUCGGCAAAGAUGCCCGACUGCAGCCCGGGCUUCCGCCGCCUGAGCGCGGUAGCGGCAGCGGGAGGAGCAAGUCCGGCAGCUACCGGGUGCUGGAGAACUCUGCACCGCACUUGCUGGACGUGGACGCCGACAGCGGGCUGCUCUACACCAAACAGCGCAUCGACCGUGAGUCCCUGUGCCGCCACAAUGCCAAGUGCCAGCUAUCCCUAGAGGUGUUCGCUAACGACAAGGAGAUCUGCAUGAUCAAGGUAGAGAUCCAGGACAUCAACGACAAUGCUCCCUCUUUCCCCUCGGAUCAGAUUGAAAUGGACAUCUCAGAGAACGCAGCACCUGGCACCCGCUUCCCCCUUACGAGCGCACACGACCCAGACGCUGGCGAGAAUGGGCUCCGCACCUAUCUGCUUACCCGCGAUGAUCACGGCCUCUUUGCACUGGACGUCAAGUCCCGCGGCGACGGCACCAAGUUCCCAGAGCUCGUCAUCCAAAAGGCGUUGGACCGCGAGCUGCAGAAUCACCACACUCUGGUGCUGACGGCCCUGGAUGGCGGUGAACCUCCACGCUCCGCCACUGUGCAGAUCAAUGUGAAGGUGAUCGAUUCCAAUGACAACAGCCCAGUCUUCGAGGCUCCGUCAUACUUGGUUGAACUGCCCGAGAACGCACCACUGGGCACCGUGGUCAUUGAUUUGAAUGCCACAGACGCGGAUGAAGGUCCCAAUGGAGAAGUGCUUUACUCCUUCAGCAGCUAUGUGCCCGACCGCGUGCGGGAGCUCUUCUCCAUUGAUCCCAAAACUGGCCUGAUCCGCGUUAAGGGAAACCUGGACUAUGAGGAGAAUGGCAUGUUGGAGAUCGACGUGCAGGCCAGAGACUUAGGACCUAACCCAAUUCCAGCCCACUGCAAGGUCACGGUCAAGCUUAUCGACCGCAACGACAAUGCACCGUCCAUUGGUUUCGUCUCCGUGCGCCAGGGGGCGCUGAGCGAGGCCGCCCCACCUGGCACAGUCAUCGCCCUGGUUCGGGUCACUGACCGAGACUCAGGCAAGAAUGGGCAGCUGCAGUGUCGGGUCCUAGGUGGAGGAGGCACUGGAGGUGGAGGUGGCCUCGGGGCACCUGGUUCGGUCCCUUUCAAGCUUGAAGAGAACUAUGACAACUUCUACACCGUGGUAACUGACCGUCCACUGGACCGCGAGACACAGGACGAGUACAAUGUAACAAUAGUGGCCCGGGACGGGGGCUCCCCACCACUCAACUCCACCAAGUCGUUCGCUGUCAAGAUUCUGGAUGAGAAUGACAACCCUCCUCGGUUCACUAAAGGGCUGUAUGUGCUCCAAGUACAUGAGAACAACAUUCCAGGAGAAUACCUCGGUUCAGUGCUAGCCCAGGAUCCCGACCUGGGCCAAAAUGGGACAGUGUCUUACUCCAUUCUUCCCUCGCACAUCGGCGACGUGUCCAUAUACACUUAUGUGUCUGUGAACCCCACUAACGGGGCUAUCUAUGCCCUGCGCUCCUUUAACUAUGAACAAACGAAGGCUUUUGAAUUCAAGGUGCUGGCGAAGGACUCAGGGGCUCCAGCGCACUUGGAGAGCAAUGCCACAGUGAGGGUGACAGUGUUAGACGUGAAUGACAACGCUCCAGUGAUAGUGCUUCCCACUCUACAGAACGACACAGCUGAGCUGCAGGUGCCUCGCAACGCUGGUCUGGGCUAUCUGGUAAGCACGGUGCGCGCCCUGGACAGUGACUUUGGAGAGAGCGGGCGCCUCACUUAUGAAAUUGUGGAUGGCAACGAUGACCACCUGUUUGAGAUCGAUCCGUCUAGUGGCGAGAUCCGCACGCUGCACCCCUUCUGGGAGGACGUGACCCCCGUGGUGGAGCUUGUAGUAAAGGUGACUGACCAUGGCAAGCCCACCCUGUCCGCGGUGGCCAAACUUAUCAUUCGCUCAGUGAGUGGCUCUCUGCCUGAGGGGGUCCCGCGAGUGAAUGGUGAGCAACACCACUGGGACAUGUCGCUGCCUCUCAUAGUGACUCUGAGCACGAUUUCUAUCAUCCUCCUAGCGGCCAUGAUCACCAUCGCUGUCAAGUGUAAACGGGAAAACAAGGAGAUCCGCACUUACAACUGCCGCAUAGCCGAGUACAGCCACCCACAGCUAGGCGGGGGGAAGGGCAAGAAGAAGAAAAUCAACAAAAACGAUAUCAUGCUGGUGCAGAGCGAGGUGGAGGAGAGGAACGCCAUGAACGUCAUGAACGUGGUGAGCAGUCCCUCCCUGGCCACCUCCCCUAUGUACUUCGACUACCAAACCCGCCUGCCCCUCAGCUCGCCCCGGUCAGAGGUGAUGUAUCUUAAGCCAGCCUCCAACAACCUGACUGUCCCGCAGGGGCACGCAGGCUGCCACACCAGCUUCACCGGACAAGGGACUAAUUCGAGCGAGACCCCUGCCACUCGGAUGUCCAUAAUUCAGACAGACAAUUUUCCCGCAGAGCCCAAUUACAUGGGCAGCAGGCAGCAGUUUGUUCAAAGUAGCUCCACGUUUAAGGACCCAGAAAGAGCAAGCCUGAGAGACAGUGGGCACGGGGACAGUGAUCAGGCUGACAGUGACCAAGACACUAACAAAGGCUCCUGCUGUGACAUGUCUGUUAGGGAGGCACUCAAGAUGAAAACUACUUCAACUAAAAGUCAACCACUUGAACAAGCAUUCCCGACUUUGCUUUCCUUUGCUAUCCUCACCCUACACACCAUCACUACUAGACUUCAAUCUGUUGAUCCGCUUCCUCCAGAACCGGAAGAGUGCAUUAAUUGCACAGAAGAAUGCCGAGUGCUUGGUCAUUCUGAUAGGUGUUGGAUGCCACAGUUCCCUGCAGCCAAUCAGGCUGAAAAUGCAGAUUACCGCACAAAUCUCUUUGUACCCACAGUUGAAGCUAAUGUUGAGACUGAGACUUAUGAAACUGUGAAUCCCACUGGGAAAAAGACUUUUUGUACAUUUGGAAAAGACAAGCGAGAGCACACUAUUCUCAUUGCCAAUGUGAAACCUUAUUUAAAAGCCAAACGUGCCCUGAGCCCUCUCCUCCAAGAGGUCCCCUCAGCAUCUAGCAGCCCAACCAAGGCAUGCAUUGAGCCUUGCACCUCAACAAAAGGCUCCCUGGAUGGCUGUGAAGCAAAGCCUGGGGCCCUAGCUGAAGCAAGCAGCUCCUACCUGCCCACUGACAGUCAGUAUCUGUCACCCAGUAAGCAACCAAGAGACCCUUCCUUCAUGGCUUCGGAUCAGAUGGCGAGGGUCUUUGCAGAUGUGCACUCAAGAGCCAGCCGGGAUUCCAGCGAGAUGGGAGCCGUGCUGGAGCAGCUUGAUCACCCCAACAGAGAUCUGGGCAGAGAGUCCGUGGAUGCAGAAGAAGUUGUGAGAGAGAUUGAUAAGCUCCUGCAGGACUGCCGGGGAAAUGACCCAGUGGCUGUGAGAAAGUGAGGGGGAAAAGGCAUUGGCAUUUUCCUGUCUCUUCUGUUGAUUUGAAAAUGAUCACUCCCAGUGACAACCCAUUUUACAGGGAUGGAAAAGGAUCAAUGCUGUUUUAAGGCUUUUAGUGAACAUCUGAAGUGCCCACAAGUAUGUUCUUUUCACUGCUGUUUCUUUUACAGAAAUAACAAUGGUUUUUGACCAAACUUAUAUUAGGACAGAAUUAAUGAUGCUUAAGGAGAAACGAGAAAAGAGAGAGAGAGAGAGAAGAAAAUGGAGAGAAGAAAAUGGAGGAUGAGGAGACAAAUUACCUUUUGACAAUCUGUUAGGAAGGUAUGCAGUGUGAGACUUAAAGUAUUUCUGAUCACUCUAAGACUGUCCUCCGAGAUAGAUGCUGACUUAACUGUUUACCUAUAAACCCCAUACAAAGCAGGGUCAUAUUUGUUAUCUGUGGUGGAUUACUAGCUUACAUCACAGGCUUCUACUGAAAGUCCUGAAAAGACCUUGCAGUAGUCCAAGCUACACCAAACAUUAACACAUAUUUGUGGUAAACAUUUCUGUAUAAAGUACCUGCCAAGCAUAUAAACACAAAGACCAUUCCAUGUCAUUAGUCAGAAAGCAAAAAAAAAUUAUAUAAUAAUAACAAAACAGAAAAAAAUAAAACAACAAAAACCCUUGGUCAUUUGUAAGACACCUCAUGUCAUAUAAAAGUUCAAUGUAAAAA